AAUCGUCUAAAAUGUAAACAUCAACGUCACUUCUUCAAACCUGUUUUGUUAGACGAUUCAAAGCUUUGCAAACAAGUGGCCGCCAAGAUGUUGGAAAAAUUAAAUUCUUGUGGGGAUGAAUUUAUUACCAGCUAUUUGCAUCCUUUAUUUGGUGCAAACAAUGAUUCAGAAAUGUUUUCCCAAAUGGUCUGGAUUUCAUUCUUCUACACCCUUAGUGUCGCUGUUAGUAUGGCCUUAUUUCCAGCACCAUAUGGACGAUACAGCAGCUCAAAGUAUGGCUUCCUGCUUCCUGCAAAAAUCGCUUGGAUAACUCAAGAAUCUCCAUCUUUCAUAGUGCCAGUCAUUUUAUUGCUGACUACAUCUUCAGCGUUUUGGAAUUCCACAGUGAAUAAAAUGCUCUUGAUAGGGUUUAUUAUACAUUACGUAAACAGGAGUAUUAUCUUUCCCUUGUGUGCUCGUGGCAAUGAAGAUACCCCUUUUAUACCAUACAUCUCAGCAAUGGCAUUUUCCAUUUUCAAUGGGUUCAUGCAGGGGCAUUACCUAUUAAACUAUUAUCUGUAUGAUGAACAAUGGCUAACUUCUCCUCAGUUCAUCAUAGGAUUCACCAUGUUUUGUGUUGGAAUGGCCAUCAAUAUUCAUUCAGAUCAGCAACUGAUUCACUUGCGCAAACCUGGAGAAACUGGGUACAAAAUGCCUGUCGGCGGAUUGUUCGAGUACGUGACUGCACCCAAUUUCUUUGCUGAAAUCAUCGAGUGGAUCGGUUUUGCCAUUGCUUCCUGCAGUCCUCCAGCAGCCGUUUUCGCUUUCUUCUCCACAGUCUUCCUUUGCUACAGAGCAUGGCACCAUCACCAUUUCUAUUUAAAGAAAUUUGACAACUAUCCGCGAUCCAGAAAAAUCAUCAUUCCAUUCGUAUUUUAAAUUGUUGGAGUGUUUUGUUCUUUAUGUUUAAAGUAGGAGAAAUCUAGAUGCUAUGGCCAAAUGUUUUUAUGCAGAUCAAACAUAAUUUUCAGAAUAAAUUGAAUCAAAGAGA